AUGGCUUACAUUAACAAGGUUUCAGUGGUUGCAACGGUUUUAUUUCUAGCGGUUGCGAUUGCUCCGGGUUUAGCUGAGCCAUUGUCGCCGAUGUUUCCAACGAUGAAUCUUACAUGUGCCACGGUGAUGCCUGACCUCCUCGAAAAGUGUUUCGCAACCGUUAGAGAAACGCCAACGGAAGAGUGCUGCAACGAUCUCAAAUCCGCGAACAAAACGCAAGUCACUUGCCUUUGUGAUCUUUACAUUGCAAACCCGGCGAUUGUGAACAUCACAGGACCUUACUCCGCCAAAAUCACAAACCAAUGUGGCGUUUUGGACAAAUAUUCUUGCAACGGUACUAGCAAAGGAGGCAGCAGCAAUAGUAGCAGUAGCAGCAACAGUAGCAGUAGUAGCAAUGGCAAUAGCCCAAGUGAGGGCAAUAAAGGAAGAGUGAACACAGUUGCUGCAUCGAUGGCUGUUUUUGGUUUUGUUGCAAGUCUAAUCUUCGGUAUGUUUUAA